AUGGCUCCCCGAUCUCCAACACACGCAUUCGAUCCUACUCCGGCCCUCGAACAUGACCCAGACAACUACUCUCCUCUCACCCACCCCCGGACAAUGAGCUCGUCCGCCGACCCCAGAGCGGUUCGUUUCUCAGACCCUCCCUCGAUGCCAAUCAAAGGCCGUCACUCGAUAGCCACCACAAAUGUGCCUCUACUACCUCCCAUAUCUUCUGCCAGUCAACUACCAAAGCAUAGCUUUCAAAUGACGAACCCCACGCCCGAAGUGGACAUCACGGCCUACAUGGAGCAGUGCCGGUUGUGGAAUACGCAGCUGAGACAAUCUCACGAAAGCGAGCGGAGAGCCUGGGACAUUGAACGAACUGCGCUCAAAGCUCGUAUAGGGGAACUAGAGCAGAAACUCAACAAGAGCAGAGACCCUAAGAGGAGAUCCAGCAAUGACUCGUCGGCCACGAGUCUUCGCUCUUUCAAAUCAGAUUUUCAGCAAUUUGGAGUCAAUGGCAAACACCGCUCUCGAAUAUCUCCCGAACCUACCAUUGCAGAGCCGCCGGUCUGGAAAGGUCCUGAAACCACUCCUCCCGUAACGAGAGUCUUUGCCAGCGAGGACGAAGUGUGCCAUCUUCCAAGCAUCUCGGAGGAUGAGGCCAUGCCCGCUCUGUCCAAGGAGGUCUCACCCACUUCUGGCGGCCAAGAGAACAUCCCGAUACCGAUUGAACAGGUAGACAACACUCUGGAUGGCAUUACCCUCAAGUCGGCCGCCUUGACCUCCUCGUUUGACAAGGAGAUCGCCAGUCCGCAGUUCGCUAGUCCCGCCCUGUCACCCUUACCACACACCACCAAAGAGGAGCCUCUAAGACUCGAUGUCAACUCCCUCAUAUCGCCGCUGGAUGAGAAGUUGAAACGACAUGCCGGCCAUACCCCCAUGGCAUUCGAUGGCACUUUGUCCUCGGAGGUCGCUAGUAACGCAUUGACUCCAAAGCAAGAGGGACCUCUCGCUCCUGCCUCCACCACGCGACCACCUCUCCGUCCCUCGGAACAUUCUGACUCUUACUUUUCGUUCUCUUCUGCCCCAGGGGAAAAGGAACAAGAGAAUCAAGCCUUAGAAGAGGAGCCAGAGCCGGAUUCAGAGCAAGAGCCGGAGCCAGAGCCAGUGCACGAGACUCACGACGAUCCUGCACUGAAAGGACCACUCAUGCUUGAUCCUAACGCCAAGACCGUGGAAUCUGUUGCAUUUUUGAACAUCCUCGAUGGUAAGCUCAUUGAAGAAAAAGAACACCAGGACAAGGCCGAGUCCAGUUUGUCAGGGAGCAACGACGAAGAGAAAGCGAGCGAGCAACAGGGAGGGUCUUCUGCUAAUGACGAUGACAUGCCAAGGUUGAGAAUGAGAAACAGCGUGAACUUUGGUAGCGCAUGGGGUCGUAUAUAG